AUGAGAAGGAAAAUCCAUCACCCCACCGUGUUUCGCUCUUCCAUCGUUUUGCUACAAGAGAGAUUUAGACAGUUGCAGAGAGUGAAAGAAAUGAGAAAGAAGAGAGAACUGCUGAAAAUGCUCACUACUAGUGAACCUAAACCUUUCAAUUCCAACCCCACUAUGAGGCAGUUUUUCCACCCUGAAUUGAUCAUCGCAUCAAGGUCAUCUCCUCCUCAUGUUUCUCUUUCUCUAGGGCCAACUUCACGGUGCAUGCAAGAGUACAACAAAAGCACUAUUGAGGCCCCAGUCUUAAAUAACAUGCUCUCCAUAGAUUCUACACAUAAUCAGUCCAUUCAGGCUUCAUGCAAGAACAUCUAUGAUUGGGAUUCGGGCUCUGACUCUAGUGUUGAUACUUCUCUUCACCUGUAA